CGCAAUUCUCCUCCUCCCUUACACCCCCUCCAAAAGAAAGAAAUAAACAUAACAAUCCAUCCAAAAAAAUUUUAAUGUGAAAACUCAAUCUGUUGAAUCACAAUGUCAAUGAUGUUCCCAUCUUUUCAGUUGCUAGAGCUGAACAUAAUCUCAGCUCAGGACUUAGCCCCUGUCUCCCGCAAGAUGAAGACUUACGCGGUGGCUUGGGUUCACUCCGAGCGUAAACUCACCACACGAGUCGACUACAACGGCGGAGCAAACCCAACAUGGAACGACAAAUUCGUGUUCCGAGUCAACGAAGAGUUUCUCUACGCUGAUACUUCCGCUGUCGUCAUCGAAAUCUACGCCUUACAUUGGUUUCGAGAUGUUCAUGUAGGCACGGUCCGUGUCCUCAUCAGUAAUCUCAUUCCGCCUAAUCGUCGUCCAGGAUACAGAACCAGCAACAACGAGUACCGUCGUACGCCGCCUCCGGGAAUGAGAUUUGUGGCACUUCAAGUUCGUCGUACCUCAGGUCGACCUCAAGGGAUUUUGAACAUCGGUGUUGGGUUGCUUGAUGGUUCUAUGAGGAGCAUGCCGCUUUACACACAUAUGGAUUCAUCUGCUGUGGGAUAUAGGGAUUUGCUUGGAGAAGAGGACCGUCAUUUGCAGCAUUUGCAUCUAAACAGCAACAAAGGUAGCUCCAAGAAUCCACAAUCUCCGUCUUCAAGGCAGUUCCAAUCUGUAGUCUCGAGGCCGGAGCUACGUCGUACAAAGAGCGAUUCAAGCUCCAUGGUUGUUUCUGAUCUUCUAAGCAGAGCUGAACGGAGCCGUUUGGCUAACAGACAGCCGGCGAGUGCAUUAGCGAGCAGCGAAUCUGAUACUGCACCAAUCACGACGGAUUCCGAUGCAACAGAGACGAAAGACUACACGCCUCCAAGCAAAACCCCUAAGGUUCCAAGGCAAAGAUACGAUUCGAUCGAAUCGGAUCUCAUAGAUCCGUCUCCGAGGGUGAGGCCAAAUGUAGUGGUGCCGAGAAAAGAGAGUCACGACGUUCCGCCUUAUGGUUCGUACCAUCAAUCACGCAAAACGCCGAGAAAGACAAUGAUGAACGAGAAACAGAGGCCGGUGAAGAAUUACAACCAUGGCCGCGCUUCUCCGUACUUAUCGAGGCACGGGACGCCGUUGAGAUCUAACAUCGUCGCAUCUACUCCGAUGCAAUCCAAUGGGAUUAGAUCGACUCCGAUGAGAUCUAAUAUUAUUGCAGUGUCACCGAUGCGCCCUAACAUGGUCGAAUUGACUCCGAUGCAGACUCCGAUGCGGUCAAACAUGUUUGGAUCGACUCCGAUUAGGUCCAACAUAAUCGGAUCCACUCCGAUGCGAUCAAACUACAUGGCUACACCGAUGAGGUCGAAUUUAGUCGGAAGGAAAAUCUUCACCGAAUCGGAGUUAGGUCCGUCGCCAUCAGAAGUGGCUGAGAAAAUAGCGAAAGAUAGAUCUAACGCUAAUGAAACAGAAAGCUCAAUACUCAGCGAGUGGAGUAUCGACGAAUCUAGCAUCGAAGGAUUGCGUUCAAAGCUCGACAGAUGGCGGACGGAGCUGCCACCGCUGUAUGAUAUAGGAUCAAGUCAAGUAAGCAACAGCGAAUUCGACGGUUCGAUUGUUCCCGCCGCCGUCGCCACUGGAGGAAGAAGUUCGAGGCGGAAAACUCCAGCGGCGAAGAAGCAUCAUCGCCGUCAUACAGACGGAGGUAACGGACUUUUCUCGUGUUUCAGUAAGAUAUGCGGCGUGGAAUGUAGUUUCGUAUGCGGUGGUGGUGGUGGUGGUGGUUCGAUGGGUCCUGAUGACUCGAAGAAAGGUGGGACUGGGCGCGUGCACCGCACAUACUCUGCUGAUGAUUUGAGCUUUGUGUGAUUUUUACGAAUUGUAUUAUAUUUAAUUUUUUUGGGACUAAUCUUUUGAUAUACAUAUGUUUAUUUUAUUUUAUUUUUGGGAGGGGGUGAAAAAGCGUUGGAGUGAUGAAUUAUGC